AUGGCGAAGAAACAGGGGAAGAAGGCUAACUCAGUAUCAGCUAAAAGUAAUAAAGAUCAGGUUAACAUUAAGGAGAAGAUAAGUAAUGAAGAAGUUCCCAAAGAACCUGAAAAGGCUAAGAACGAAGAUGAGAUAACAGAGGAAAACAAUCAUGAAGAAGAUCUGGUUGAGGAUACAGUGAAGAAUGAUGAGCCAAACAAUACGAAUGACAAAAGAGAAGUUAAUAAGAAAUGGGUUGAUCUGGUUAGAACGAAUCGAGUUAACCCAGGAUGUGCUUUAACCUAUAUUCCUCCAUUGUUGAGUAAUGGGCUUAGAAUAGCCAAAAUAUUCAAAGAAGAUGAAAUCGAAGAGGAGGAGAGAUGGCAACACACGAUCAUUGGAUGUGUAUGCACAAGGGAGAGAUCAAGAAUGUCUUACGCAAGAGUCCUAGUUGAGAUGCGGUUGAAAGGAACUUUCCCUGAUGCUGUAAUAAUAGAAGAUCAAGAAGGAAAGCAACACACCCAAUUUGUUGAGUAUGAAUGUAAACCGAGGGACAACUUAGUAGACAAGGUCAAUGAAGGUACCCCUAAAGAAGUAACUCUCCCUAGUGAGAGCAAGGAGAAGAUCAUUGAAGAUGAUAAGGAGAUCCAGAAACAGGACACUUUCAGCAGUCCAAAAGAAGCUUCUACUGAUGAUGGUUUUCAGCUUGUCGUCAAUAGGAAGCAGAAAAACAAAAUGACUAGCAAGAUUGAUGAUAAAACUAGCCUUAAAGCUGGAGGUAAUUCUAAAAACCGUAGUAUUAUGAAAGACUCUAUUGAUAGACUUCCCCCAAGAGGCUUAUUAAGCCUCUUGAUAGAGGAAGAUGAAUAUCCUUUCUUGGAACAUCAGGGGCAUGAAUGA